AUGCCGGAGAGUGCUACGCUGAGGACCCUCAAGGAGCGCAUGUGCCCUCUAGUGACCGGCCUGGGAAAUACAUUGAAUGAAACAUACUUCUCUGAGUACCAGACGGCCGUCGACUAUAUCACCAUGCGCGGUGGCUAUUCAGUGAUCGAUCCACACAACUAUUACCGCUAUAACGACCCCAGUUCUCAACCCUCUUCUGGAUCUAUCAUCGGAAACACCACCGAUCCCGAGGCCUCCACAACAACACAGUUUGCCACAUUCUGGGGCGAACUUGCUAAACGGUUCGUCACAAACCCGAACGUAAUUCUAGGCCUCAUGAACGAACCACACGACAUGCCCACUGAGCUGGUUCUGUCAAACAAUCAAGCAGCUAUCGAUUCGAUUCGACAAGCUGGCGCCCAACAGCUCAUUCUUGUUCCCGGGAACGGUUUCACUGGGGCACAUAGAUGGCUUGACUCUACCUGCUUUGGUUGCAAACCCAGCGCUGACGUCUUGACAGCUAUCAAGGACCCAGGCAACAACUUCGCAUUUGACAUGCAUCUUUACUUCGACAAUGAUACGUCAGGUACACAUAACGAAUGCACUACCGCAGCACCGGGAAACAUCGCCGCAACAACAACAUGGUUGCAAGAACAUAAUUACACUGCGUUCCUCUCCGAAUUCGGGGCGGGCGCAAAUAGCGCAUGUUUCCAAACCGUCAAUGAUACCCUUUCAUGGUUGGAGUUUCAUCCACAAUUCAUCGGCUGGACAUACUGGGCCGCGGGGCCGCUUUGGGGGGAUUACUUCCUGAGUGUGGAGCCGGGAGUGGGAGCACAAAGUAACAGUACAUGGCCUCAGGUUCUGCAACCGCAUGUCAAGAGCUAUGCGCCAAUGCAGAAGUGUGGUCUCAGUACGAGUGGUCUAGGAGGUUUACUUGUGGAUGUGGCGAGAGAAUUGGAGGGGUGUCUGGGACUAGGAUUGAUUGUGUGA